UUUCAGACAAGGCGAGGCGCGUUUCUACAGAGUCCGAUUUUGCUCCCGGUCGCUGUGAGCCUCAGGUGAGGCUUCGCCUUUCCAGCAGCGGCUGCAGGGAAGUUCGCCGCGAAUGGGAGAUCCAAGAUUCCAGACAUAUGUAAGCCAGAAAUCUUUCUUGCUUACGCUGGAGACUGAAGUAUCUUGUGUGGGAAGAGGGCUGAAUGACCUUGGCAGAUUUGGCCAGACUUCUUCUGAUUGUGGAGAUCCAUCACUCAUUUUGGAGCUGGAUUAGACACCAGAGAGAAGAUGAAGGGACAACGCCCAGCAAAUUCAGAAGUUAGAAAAGGCCCGCCAGUUACUCAGCCUUGGAGCUUUGGGAAGAAUGGAGCAAGUUCUGGGCAGAAGAGCCAAGAAGAGGAAGCCAACAAUUCAGAGGUCCAAUGCUCUCACUUCAGAAAACUGCAAUUCCAGGAGGGGAGGAGUCCCCGAGAUGUUUGCAGUCAGCUUCACCGCCUUUGCCAUCAAUGGCUGCAGCCAGAAAAACACACCAAGGCUGAGAUGCUGGACCUGGUGCUCCUGGAGCAGUUCCUGGCUGUCCUUCCCCCAGAGAUGGAGAAAUGGGUGCAGGAGUGUGGAGCACAAACCAGUUCCCAGGCGGUGGCCCUGGCCGAAGGCUUCCUCCUGGCCCAGGAGUCGGAAAAGAUGCAGAAGUCCUUGGAUGAUGUGACUGAUUGUCCCAUGGAGAAGAAAGAUUCAUCCAAACCCUCUCAAGAGCUGCAAUUCAGAGAGAAAGUUAAAAGUCUUAUCGUGCCAGAGAAGAGAAAACUAUCCAUGGUUUUUUUAGAAUCACCGCCUCUUUCUGGUGGAGCUGAAAGAGUGCUUGAACCUCUGCCUCAGGAUGUUGUGUCUUUGGAGGAAGUGGUUGUGUAUUUCUCCAAGGAGGAGUGGGCUCAACUGGAUGCUGACCAAAAAGCGCUCCACAAAGAUGUCAUGCGUGAGAAUUCCAGGAAUCUCUUUUCCCUGGGAUAUAAUGAGCAAGAGAAUAAGAAUUACGAACAGAGUCAUGCAGUCUGUGAGAAAGAGGGAAAAGGGAAGCUUGAGGAUCCGAUGCAACCGAAGUGCGAUGAGACAAACCAAUCACAAAGUAAAAUGAAAAAAAGCUUUCCUCAGGAUGUUGUGUCUUUUGAGGAUGUGGCUGUUUAUUUCUCCAAGGAGGAGUGGUCUCAGCUAGAUGCUGACCAAAAAGCGCUCCAUGGAGAAGUCAUGCUGGAAAAUUCCAGAAAUCUGGCUUCUCUGGUGGCUGUGUAUUUCUCCAAGGAGGAGUCAUCUCAACUGAAUGCUGACCAAGAAACGCUUCAUGGAGAAGUCAUGCUGGAAAAUUCCAGGAAUCUGAUUUUUCUGGACUUUAAUGGACAAGAGCAUAAGAAUUACAAGGAAGAAUGCCAAGCAAUCCAUCCAAAAGAGGGAAAAGGGAAGUUUGCAGAUCAGACAAAGAGUGGUGAGACAAGCCGAUCACAAAGUGGAAUUAAAAGCUUUCCUUGGGUCAGCUGGCUUCCUAACCUUACAAGCAUUGAUAUAGGAGAAAGUGCAUAUAACUGCAUGGAGUAUGGAAACAGCCUUACUUAUACCAAUCAUCUUAAUUGCCACAAGAGGAUCCACACAGGAGGGAAGGUAUAUCAAUGCAUGGAGUGUGGAAAGACCUUCCGUUAUUAUAGCUCUCUUGUAAGACAUCAAAGGAAUCACAAAGGAGAAAGACCUUAUAAAUGCAUAGAGUGUGGAAAGAGUUUUACUUGUAGCAGUAGCCUUAAUUCCCACAAGAGGAUCCACACAAAAGAGAAACCAUAUCAAUGUGUUAAAUGUGGAAAGGGCUUUAGGUGGGAUUCUGAUCUUACCACCCAUAAAAGGAUCCAUACAGGAGAAAAACCAUAUCAAUGCAUAGAAUGUGGAAAGACCUUUGCUAGUAGCAGUAGUCUUAAUUCCCACAAAAGGGUCCACACAGGUGAGAGGCCAUAUAAAUGUGUGCACUGUGGAGAAGGCUUUAGAAGGAGUUGUGAUCUCACUUCCCAUAAUGGGAUCCAUAAAGAGGGGAAAAACAUGUAAAUGCAUGGAGUGAAGAAAGAGCUUUGCAAGGAGUAACGAUUUUACUUGCCAUGGAAGGAACAAUAAAUGAAGAAACCAUAUCAAUAAAGGAAAUGAGAGAAGAGCUUUCAAUAGAAAUUUGCGGCCUCUGACCCGGCGCAGGUCCCAACCGGCUCCUUGGUUCUCCGAGGAGCUGAGAGGGAUGAAGCGCCGGAGAAGACGCCUAGAGAGUUCCUGGAGGUCUAGCCGUUCAGAAGCUGAUCGGACACUAGUGAAGUCCUAUACUAGGACUUACCUAGUGGC